AUGUCAGAAGCCAUAGACUCGAAUGAAUCUCCCUCAUCGGUAAAGGUCGUUCACCAGGAUCCUCGGUUGAUAACGCACCUUACUCCCAGACAAGAAGAGAAGCUCCGAUCAUACCUCGAUGAGAAGCUAUCAAAUUUGGAGAGCGACGAGCGGACUCACAAGUUGGGACCUCUGCCAAGAUUGUUAUCCAGACUAUCGCCCCUGCUUCAGGUAAUCCUCCAAAUUCCCCCCUUCUACCCCUUCGGAUCAUUACGCACCUCAUACCUCCUUACUCUCACUUCUGUGAUACCGAUAUAUAUCACUUCCUUACCCCUCCUAUCCUCCGGACACCGUACGAAAGAUGAGGCGCAGGACGAAGCGUCCUGUGUGAUUCGGGAUGUACUGGAUUUGUUGAAGGAAUUGGAGAAAGGUUGGUUAGCUGUCCUGAAAGGUGAUGGGUGGAUACCCCCUCACAGUACCGGGGGAACACAGAUGGAUGUAACGAUUGGUGGAAAAGCUGUAAAAGUUGAUGAUGAGAGUAAAUCUCAAGUGGCUAUAACUGAAAAGAUCCGAUUGAAAUCAAUUAUACUCUCAUCACGAGCUAGGGUGUUAGCGUGGGCAAGACCAUAUGGGAAUUUCGACAAGUCUGGAUCAGCUUUACCGAACGAAUCAGAUGGUACGACACCAAUACCUGAAAUGCAGGAGGAUGUCGUCGUAGCGACAAAUUCGGGCGGAUGGGAAGAAGAAAUAUUAUCGAUGUGGGAUCAAUUACAGGAUGUUUUAUCUCAUGAUUUGAGUCAAUCACAUGUUCCGAUAGGAAGAAAAGUCGGCAACUCUGCUGGUGGUUGA